CCGCCAUACAUUUUUUUCUCUUUAUUACAGUUUUGCGAUGUUCGGUAAAGAUCCUCAGUGAGCAAGUCUAGCUUACCGCAACGCCUACGGUUCGAGAUACGCUGACACGAUGGCGUCCGACUCCCCACGGCGACCCAGCCGUUGUGCCGGAGGGGUUGUAGUGCGAGCCCAGGCUGUCACGGAGCAGUCCUACAUGGAGAGCGUGGUCACUUUUCUGCAAGACGUUGUCCCACAGGCUUACAGCGGUGCCCCCCCGACAGAUGAAAAAGAGAAAAUCGUUUGGGUCAGAUUUGAGAAAGCUGAUAUUAACGAUGUGGCCCGCUCCCCGGAGUUCCUGGAGAUGCACGGCAGCGGCAGCGAUCCGCCACUCUGCCUGAUGAUUGGCUACACGGAUGGGCUGCAGAUCUGGAGUGUGUCUCUGACCGGAGAAGCCCAGGAGCUGUUCUCUGUGAGGCACGGCCCGGUGCGGACGGCCCGGAUCCUCCCCGCACCACUCAUUGGUCCUCUGAAGGCUGACAGUUUCGCGGAGAAGAGGCCCCUUCUCGGCGUGUGCAAGAGCGCCGGGUCCUCUGGGACAAGUCCCCCCUACUGCUGUGCAGAUUUGUACUCCCUACGGACCGGUGAAAUGGUCAAAUCCAUCCAGUUCAAAACGCCUAUCUGUGAUCUGCAGUGCAACAAAAGAAUCCUCGUUGUCGUCCUGCAAGAAAAGAUCGCCGCCUUCGACAGCUGCACUUUCACUAAAAAAUUCUUCGUCACAAGCUGCUACCCCUGCCCUGGACCCAACUUGAACCCUGUUGCCCUGGGGGGCCGCUGGCUGGCCUACGCGGAGAACAAGCUUAUCCGGUGCCACCAGUCACGCGGCGGGGCCUGCGGGGAUAACGCCCAGUCCUAUACCGCCACCGUCAUCAGUGCCGCCAAAACGCUGAAGUCGGGCCUGACGAUGGUGGGCAAGGUGGUGACACAGCUGGCUGGCACUUUGCCCACAGGGGUCGCCGAGGAGGAGACGGCCACGCCCAGCGCCGCCCGCCGCAGCCCCCACGUGCCCGGCGUCGUCACCAUCAUCGACAUGCAGUCUGUCGGGGAGGGUCAGGUCCUGGUCAGCGAAGACACUGACGGCGAGGGUGUGGUGGCUCAUUUUCCGGCCCAUGACAAACCCAUAUCCUGCAUGGCAUUCAACCCCAGCGGAAUGCUGCUCGUCACUGCGGACACGCUGGGCCACGACUUCCACGUCUUUCAGAUCCUGACUCACCCGUGGGCGUCCUCCCAGAGCACCGUCCACCACUUGUACACGCUGAAUCGUGGCGAAACGGAGGCCAAGGUGCAGGACAUCAGCUUCAGCCACGACUGCCGCUGGGUGGCCAUCAGCACGCUGCGGGGCACCACGCACGUCUUUCCCAUCAACCCCUACGGCGGGCCGCCCUGCGCGCGCACCCACAUGUCGCCACGCGUCGUCAACCGCAUGAGCCGCUUCCAGAAAAGCGCCGGGCUGGAGGAGAUCGAGCAGGAGCUCAGCAGCAAGCAGAGCGGCCGCUGCAGCCCCGUGCCUGGCCUCUCCAGCAGCCCCUCAGGGUCGCCACUGCACGUUAAACUAAACAAUCAAGAGACCUACAAUAACUUCGCAAACAACAACACGGGGAACCCCCGCCUGUCCUCCCUGCCCAGCCUGACGGUGGUGCUGCCCCUGGCCCAGAUCAAGCAGCCCAUGACACUGGGAACCAUUACCAAGCGCACAGGACCCUACCUCUUUGGGGCAGGAUGUUUUUCCAUUAAAACUCCAUGCAAAGUGAAGCCAACCCCACAGAUCUCCCCUAGCAAGUCCUCGGGGGGGGACUUCUGUGUGGCGGCCAUCUUCGCCCCGUCCCGCUCCUGGUUCCUCACCAACCCCAACAUGAAGAGGGAGAAAGAUCAGUCGCGGCAGUCGGUGGCGGACUCCCUCUACAUCCUCAGUUGCUACGGUAACUUGAUGGAGCACGUGCUGGAGCCUCGGCCAAUCAGCACGGUGCCGAAGAUCAGCGAUGAGACUCCACUGGAGCUGAGCACCUGUCCGCGGGCCUGCUGGGCCCUGGCCAGGACACCGCAGUGGAACGAACUACAGCCUCCAUUCAACACCCACCACCCGCUGGUGCUGGCGUCAGACCUGGUGCAGUGCUACCAAUAUCUGAUGGCCGGCUUGGCCCCUCCUGCAAGCCCCGAGCCGAUGAUGCGGCAUGAGUCCUCCGACAGCUUGGCGUCCGACCACAGCGGCCAGGAGGAUGAGGAGUGGCUAGCUCAGGUGGAGAUAGUGACCCACACGGGUCCUCACCGUCGACUCUGGAUGGGGCCCCAGUUCCAGUUCAAGACCAUCCACCCGUCGGGUCAGACCACGGUCAUCUCCUCCAGCUCCUCGGUGCUGCAAUCCCAGGGCCCCAGUGACACCCAGCAGCCCCUCCUCGUUGACACGGACGACCUGGACCUGCACAGUCUCAGGAUCCAGCCCAUGCGGUCCCGAGCCCGUGAGCAUGCCCGGGUCCUCGCGCUGGUGGCGGAUCGGAGGGGCCAGUCCACCGUGAUCGAUGCCGGAUCUGGAACCUUUGACCGCAGUGUGACCCUCUUGGAAGUCUGCGGGAGCUGGCCGGAGAGCUUCGGCCUGCGCCACCUGUCGUCCGUCGACACCACGGAGGAGGGUCUGCGAGAGCGCCUUGCAGACGCCAUGUCCGAGUCGCCCAGCCGGGACAUUGUGGGCUCUGGGACCGAGCUGCAAAGAGAGGGCAGCAUCGAGACCCUCAGCAACAGUUCCGGUUCCACCAGCGGAAGCAUCCCGCGCAACUUCGAGGGCUACCGCUCCCCGCUGCCCACCAACGAGAGCCAGCCGCUCAGCCUCUUCCCCACGGGCUUCCCCUAGACGAGCCGGCGAGACCAGGAGAAGGAACUCGUGGACAAGUUCCCCAUCGCCAGACAAUCCUGACAUUUUGGGGCGACGGGAAGCGCCCCCCCCCCUGCCGCUGCGGCUGCCGCUCCUUCAGAGCCCCCCCCCCCAUCCGAUCUUCCCACCGCACACUCACCCAGGAGCCUCUGAAAUUGCACAGCCAAUGACAGACUGUUACAGCACCCCGCGCCGCCCGGCCGCGCACAGUGACUCCUGUCAUAUCCUGCGUGUACUUUUGGUUCAUCUCCUUCAAUGUGUAAGUUAGUGCAGGUGUGGUCCUGCCCACAGUCUCCGAUGUGAAAUCCCAAUGUUUUUGUGGGGGGUGAACACAGCUGCCGACUCAGGUUGGGGGGGGGGGGGGGGAUGAUUUUUUUGUUGCACGACCCUGAGGUUUUCUUGCAAGCACCUGGUUUGUCCCCCCAAACUCUCCCCUUCCCACUUGUUUGCUGCCCCUUAACAUCGGAUGGUUCCCAUGCCAACCCUGGGAGAAGUAUUCACUUAUUCCUGGGAAUGAAGCCCAGGAGUUUGUUCCCCUGUCCCCCCUCCCCCGAGUCCGCUAAGGUCUUGCUUGCAGUGAUUAAUUAACAUGUCUCCGGAAGCAGUCGGACCCAGGUAAGCUACUCCUGCAUACGACCCAACCCUGUUUCCGUUACUGUUCUAGAAUGGCUAAAUUCACUUCCUCACUGGAUAUAGCAUUUCGUCACUUCCUAAGACCUGCCCUGUACCUCACUGAUCCAUAAUAUGAUUUUGUGCACAUAAUGAAUAAUUGAAAACAUUAAAUUGUAUGUUUUAAGGUGUUGGUUUUAGCCUUUGCUUUCUAGUGUAACCGAUCCAGCAGUUCAGAUCCCUGCAUGUAAAUUUGCCUCCCUUUUCAGCUGACUCCAUAGAUAUUAAUUAGCUGCACAUGUUUAAUGGGUGUAUUUGGUUUUUAACCGGGUUCUAAGGUGGGUGGUGUUAAUUUAAUAGGAAGAAAAGCGACAUUCGGAUACAGUCGGCUUUGCUGGAGAAGGUCAUGGCUGUCAGCCUGUCUCGGAUAUGGCUGGUUAGCUGAGGAUGUGUCACUGUAGGCAUUGAGGUACAGACUGUGUUCAAGGUAAAUACACGAGGUAAAUACACGAGUAUUUAAGUAUGUAAGUAGCUAGGUCUGGAGGGUGUGGCCUUCUUCUGGGAGGAGCCUGGAGGGUGUGGCCUUCUUCUGGGUGGAGCCUGGGGGUGUGGCCUUCUUCUGCGAGGAGCCUGGAGGGUGUGGCCUUCAUCUGGGAGGAGCCUGGAGGGUGUGGCCUUCUUCUGGGUGGAGCCUGGGGGUGUGACCUCUUGCUAGGUGCACCCUGAUUUGAGCAUGAUUCAAAACCCAGAGGGUACGUCCCAAAACCUUUAUUUGCACCACUCUCCCUCGCUACCUUACCUUCGCCAUGGAGGUUUUUCCAAAUCCCAGAUUUCCCAAUAGCUUAGGGAAUGAGUGAUUGAGGGCCAGUUUUCACUGAAAUCGCCCCUUCAUAGGGGGUAUGAGGAGCUCUGGUCCAGAGUUCUCUUCCUGGAAGAGAAAUUCACCCAUGCAUGAUGUAGCAUAAAGGCUACUACUUCAGAUGACUUCACACGUGAAGGCGGAGCACGGGAAGCCAUUGUUGAUGCAAGUCUAUCCCAAUACUGCUUUUUUGUCUGCGCUACCUUCUUCGCUCACUCACUCCUUCCUUCCCUUGUCAGCUUGAACUUUCAACUUUAGACAGUGAGACAUCGAGGGAGGGGGAGAGGUCAAAAAAAAAAACAGUUUUGGGAUGAGUGUGGCCCACUUCUGGGAGGAGCCUGGAGGGCAGGGCCUCCUGCUGGGUGGAGCCUGGGCAUGUCUUUAAUGUUUUGUCUAUGUGACAAGUCCUCAUCUGGCCCAACUGCUCCCUUGCAAACAUUCAGCAGCUCGCUUAGAGUACACUGCAGUGGCUUAAGGUCACGUUGCCAUUGGUAAUGUGGCCAGAUCUGAGGGAAGGGGUGCAUUAAAAAACAUGUGAGCCUCUGACAGUCGGACGGAACUGAAUGUAUGGGGACGGACGCCACUUCCUGUUUCCGCUUAUGUUCAAGCACAACCGUUACGAGUGAUGCACCGUUAGGAAUGGGGAUGGGCACGUCAUGACUGUAUGAUUCAUUUUGUACAAUACCAAGUGGUGGGUCUCAUUGUUUGCUAAAAAGAAAUCCCUAUAAUUAAACGUAUGAAAGUUUAAAAUUUC